AUGGCCACUGAUAGUGAGAAAGAUCCGGUGCAGGACACUGCUCGUUCUGAGCCGCAGUCACCGUCCACCGUCGACGACCCCAGCUCCGCGCCCCCAGUCGUGACUUUGAAGACAUGGAUUGUUUCUUCUAUUCUGUCUUGUGGCUAUGGCUUGUCCUUCUGGCCUGUCCCUGUUGUUUCGGCCAUUGGCACGAUGGUUGCCACGGACAUGGGUGAUCCUACUGGAUACAUCUGGUUUGUGCCUGCUUGGACUAUCUCAAUCACCUGUGCAUUCUUGAUCUUCGGUCCCAACUCGGAUCUUCUGGGUCGACGCUGGUUCCUCGUCUUGGGCAAUCUGAUUUGCUUCGUCGGCCAUGUAAUUGUGGCUUCUGCAAAAAAUACGAACCAGAUCAUCGCCGGGCUCGCUGUCUCUGGGUUUGGCGCAGCCAACUGCCAGAUGGCUGCGUUUGCACUUCCUGAGCUUCUACCGAACAAGUGGCGCCACAUUGGCGUGGUCAUUGCCGACUUGACUGUGUAUAUCGCCGUUAUUGUUGCGCCGGUCACUGCACGUUAUGGCUAUGAGCUCGGGACCUGGACGUGGAAUUUCUGGGGGGUUGCUAUUUUCCAGGGUCUGUCGUUUAUCGGACUGCUGGUACUCUACCAUCCCCCUAAGCAUCCUCUCGGAGUCCCUUAUAGCGAGGCGUUCAGGUCCCUGGACUACGUCGGGGCAUUCCUUUUCAUCGGCGGUGCUGUUCCCUUCCUGAUGGGCAUUGUCUGGGCUGGCGUCUACGACUCCAACGACGCACACGUUGUCGCACCCCUCGUCGUUGGCGCUGCUGUCCUAAUCGUAUUUGCCCUUUGGGAAACAUAUGGCAAUCUUAAAUACCCCCUUACCCCGACCUACGUCUUCUCCAGCUCAUGGGGCCGCGACUUCACUGCACCUGUUAUCGCACUGGGUGUUGUCAACAUGUUCUACUACUCGUCCAGCAUUCUCUGGCCCCAGAUGAUCACUCUGUUCUACACCAACGGUGGCCUUGACUGGAAAUAUUCGAUUGUCCUGUCCCUCCCUCAGGGAUUUGCAAUUCUGUUUGGUGCCAUCCUGCUCUCUGCGCUAGGCAGCAAGCUUCGACACUGGCAGUGGCAGUUGACUGGGUCUGUAUUUGUUAUGGUGCUUUUCGGCAGUUUGUUAGGCAUUGUGACGCCUGACAACAAGGGAACCAUGAUUGCGUUUGUCUUUCUCUCGCAGGCUGGCUUUGGCUGGGGUCUGUACCUGAGUAUUGCCAUUACACAGAUGGGUGUCGAGCACAAGAACCUUGGUGUCAGUGGAGGUAUCUCUGGAUGUAUUCGAUUCGCGGCUGGUGCAGUUGCAACCUCCAUCUACCAGACUGUCUACAGCAAGAGUACCACCAAGUACAUGAUGAAGUAUAUUCCGGCCGCAGUGACUGCCGCUGGCUUGGAUGAGUCCAAGGUUGAAGAGCUCAUGGGCGUUGUAUCUGGGGGAGCAGCUGCUCUAAAGGACUACAGUCCAGCCGUCGCUGCUGCUGCAGAGGCUGCCCUUGCCAAUGCCUACUGUAAAGCUAUCUUCGUGGUUGCUAUGGUAUCCAUGGCCUUUGGUAUCCUGGGCUUGGGAGCCUGUCUUUGCUGCAAGGACGUCGAUUCCAAGAUGACCAACAAGAUUGAAGUUUACCUCGAGAACACAGACCUCUCCGACCGCAACAAGUACCACUAG